UCGAACCCCGAGGCCGGCCCGGCGCUGCCCGCCGGCGGGGACCUCAGGGAUCAUGGCCCAAGUGGAAGUGUCUGCCCUGCCUGUGGAAACCGAGGAGUCCUCGGAGAGCAGGAUGGUGGUGACGUUCCUCAUGUCUGCUCUGGAGUCCAUGUGCAAAGAGUUGGCCAAGUCCAAAGCAGAAGUGGCCUGCAUUGCCAUGUAUGAGACAGACGUGUUUGUUGUUGGAACCGAGAAAGGACGUGCUUUUGUCAACGCCAGGACGGAUUUACAGAAGGAUUUUGCAAAAUACUGCAUUGCCGAAGGGGCGGAGGCCAAGCCCCCAUGCCCAGCGAACAGGAUGCAGAUCGAUUCAGGAGAAGCGGAAAUACUCAGAACAGCGGUUGAGGACUAUUUCUGCUUUUGUUACGGUAAAGCCUUGGGGACAACGGCAAUGGUGCCUGUUCCAUACGAGAAGAUUCUGCGAGACCCUGGGGCUGUGGUCGUGCAGGGGCUUCCAGAAGGCAUGGCCUUUCAACAUCCUGAGAACUAUGGUCUCGCCACCCUGAAAUGGAUCUUGGAGAACAAAGCAGGGAUUUCAUUCAUCAUAAACAGACCUUUCCUAGGUCCAGCGAGUCAGCUAGGUGGGCCUGUGGUGGGCGCAGAUGCUAAGAGGUCGGUGACAUCGCCAAGCGAAAGCUGUGGCCCCAUCAGUGUGAAAACUGAGCCCAUGGAAGAUACGGGCACGGCGGUGAAAGAGGUGGCUGUGUCGGUCAAGAAGGAAUCGGAAGAUCCUAAUUACUAUCGAUAUAACAUACAAGAAAACCAGCAUCCUUGUGUAAGCAGCGAAGUAAUAGAAAUGGAAUUACCAAUGGAAGAUUCCAUUCCGCGUGUCACUUCAGAAACGGGUGAGGACCCCGAAGCCGAGGUGAAAAUUGAAGGAAGCACAAAUUCAUCCAGUAUUACAAAUUCUGCGGCAGGUGUGGAAGAUCUUAACAUUGUUCAGGUGACAAUUCCAGAUAACGAGAAGGAAAGAUUAUCCAGCAUUGAAAAGAUAAAACAACUAAGGGAACAAGUCAAUGACCUCUUUAGCCGAAAAUUUGGUGAAGCCAUCGGGGUGGACUUCCCUGUGAAAGUUCCCUACAGGAAGAUCACAUUCAACCCUGGCUGUGUGGUUAUCGACGGCAUGCCCCCGGGCGUGGUCUUCAAAGCCCCUGGUUACCUAGAAAUCAGCUCCAUGAGAAGGAUCUUGGACGCUGCAGAAUUUAUCAAAUUCACAGUCAUUAGACCGCUUCCAGGCCUGGAGCUUAGCAAUGUGGGAAAAAGAAAGAUAGACCAGGAGGGCCGUGUCUUUCAAGAGAAGUGGGAGAGAGCGUAUUUCUUCGUGGAAGUGCAGAAUAUUCCUACGUGUUUAAUAUGCAAACAAAGCAUGUCUGUGUCCAAAGAGUACAACCUCCGGCGUCAUUAUCAAACGAACCACAGCAAGCACUACGACCAGUAUACCGAGAAGAUGCGGGACGAAAAGCUCCACGAGCUGAAGAAAGGACUCAGGAAGUACCUCCUGGGGUCAUCCGAGAUCGUGGGCCCCGAGCAGAAACAGGCGUUUGCAAAUGUGAGCCCAAAUGAAACUGCGGCCGUGCAACCCAUAGAAGACAUGGCUGGGAACUUAUGGGAGAAGUUACGCGAAAAAAUCAAGUCGUUCGUGGCAUACUCUAUCGCAAUCGAUGAGAUCACGGAUAUCAAUAAUACCACCCAGCUGGCCAUAUUCAUCCGAGGCGUUGACGAGAAUUUCGAUGUGUCGGAAGAGCUCUUGGAUACGGUGCCCAUGACAGGUACAAAAUCUGGCAACGAGAUAUUUCUGCGUGUCGAGAAGAGUCUGAAGAAGUUUAAUAUUGACUGGUCAAAACUGGUCAGCGUGGCCUCUACGGGCACCCCCGCCAUGGUCGAUGUGAACGACGGGCUGGUGACGAAACUUAAGUCCAAGGUGGCCAUGAUUUGCAAGGACUCGGAUCUGAAGUCGGUUUGUUGCAUCAUUCACCCGGAAUCGCUUUGUGCGCAAAAGUUGAAGAUGGACCACGUCAUGAGUGUGGUGGUUAACUCCGUGAACUGGAUAUGCUCCCGUGGGCUGAACCACAGUGAGUUCACGACCUUGCUGUAUGAACUGGACAGCCAAUAUGGCAGCCUGCUCUACUACACCGAGAUUAAGUGGCUCAGUCGCGGGCUGGUGCUCAAGAGAUUUUUUGAAUCGUUGGAAGAAAUUGAUUCCUUCAUGUCGUCCAGAGGGAAGCCCCUGCCUCAGCUGAGCUCUCAAGAUUGGAUCAGAGACUUGGCCUUCUUGGUCGAUAUGACAAUGCAUCUGAACACUUUGAACAUCUCGCUCCAAGGGCACUCACAGGUCGUCACGCAGAUGUACGACCUGAUCCGGGCGUUCCUAGCCAAACUGUGCCUUUGGGAAACUCACUUGGCGAGGAAUAACCUGGCCCACUUCCCCACGCUGAAGUCGGUUUCCAGAAAUGAAAGCGACGGCCUGAACUACAUUCCCAAAAUCGUGGAACUGAAGACCGAGUUCCAGAAGAGGUUGUCCGAUUUCAAACUCUAUGAAAGUGACCUGACCCUGUUCAGCUCCCCUUUCUCGGUGAAGAUCGAGAACGUGCACGAGGCGCUCCAGAUGGAGGUCAUUGACCUGCAGUGCAACACGGUGCUAAAGACUAAAUACGACAAGGUCGGGGUCCCCGAGUUCUACAAAUAUCUGUGGAGUAGCUACCCGAAGUACAGAAUCCACUGCGCAAAGAUUCUCUCCAUGUUCGGGAGCACCUACAUUUGCGAACAGCUGUUUUCCAUUAUGAAACUGAGCAAAACGAAAUACUGCUCGCAGUUAAAGGACUCGCAGUGGGAUUCCAUGCUCCACAUCGCAACAUGACUUACAACACAGGGCGGUGCAAGAGGAGAAUCCUCUGGGCCCCAGGGAUUGCAAGAUGAGAAGACGAGUUAUAAACUUUCUGUUUUUCAGUUUUUUCCACUUUGACUCGGAAAUGUAACUUGCAGUAUCCUACCCGUUUGUAUGACAUUUUAUGCCUCACCAUAGUCCAGUAAAGAUCAAGACCGUUUUAUUGUA